CCGAGAACCCGCCACCGCGUUCCGGCCGCUGCCGCCGCCCGCCCCUUCCUGCCCGGCCCGGCCCGGCCCGCCCUUCCCGCCGCCUCUGCGCCAUCGGCGUAAAGGGUUGGUUUCAGUCAUCAGAGGCCUUCCAGUGCAAACUGAAGCAUGACCGAGGCCCACAAAAGAUCUCAGAGAUCCAUGAGAGAGAUCUGGAAAUUAAAAGCAAGGGGUAAAAUCCAAGUGUUUUCUCAGCAAGAAUCCUGUGGCAGAAUGGAGCAAAGGAAAUAAGGAAGGAAAAGAAGGAUCUCUAAUCCCAAAAAGAUGGACUAGGUCAGUCUUACCAGCAGAAGACAUGGAGUACCACUCUAGUAGCCUCAAGUGCACCUGAAUGCUCAAACUGUCUGUGCCACCAUGUCCCAGCCCCUCUCUCCCACAGAGGAGCAACAGAAAGAAAUGAAACAACUGCAGUUGAGGAGGGCAAGGAGUUCAGGACGGCUCUAAUCUCCUGAACUUGCUGGUGGGGGGAUGAGCAACUGCUUGUUUCGGGCCCUGGGUGACCAGCUUGAGGGGCACUCCAGGAACCACCUGAGGCAUCGGCAGGAAACGGUGGAUUACAUGGUGAAGCAGAGGGAGGACUUUGAGCCAUUUUUGGAGGAUGAUGUGCCCUUUGAGAAACACGUUACCAAUUUGGCCAAGCCUGGGACCUUUGCUGGCAACGAUGCUAUUGUGGCCUUUGCAAGGAACAAUCAAAUCAAUGUGGUUAUUCAUCAGCUCUAUGCUCCACUGUGGCAGAUCCGGGGCACAGACAAGAGCAAUGUGAGGGAGCUGCACAUUGCUUAUCGUUACGGGGAGCACUAUGACAGCGUGAGGAGGAUCAACGAUGACUCAGAAGCUCCGGCAUAUCUUCAGAUGGAGAUGCUUUGCAAAAACAAUGCAAAUAAGACAGAGGAAGUGAAGCCACAGAAGGGUGACUCUGAGGAUGAGACUGAAGCGGAAAUGGAAAAUGAUGUACAAAAAGUGUGCAAUGCAACAGGGUGUUCAGACAUGGAUUUAGUAAGCCACGUCCUGGAAGCGGAGGAUUACAACAUAGAAUCUGCAAUAUUUGCGAUCUUACGAGUGAAGGAAGGAGAAGGAACAAGUACCGAGGAGCAGCAGAAACCCCAGAGCAGGGAUCAGAAAUCCUGCAGCAAAACACUGUGGGAGGAGAAUGGAAGCGGUUCAAGAAUCUUUGGAAAUCAGAGCUUGCAUCAAAGUGAAACAGGAAACAACAAAGGACAGGCUGGAUCCAGUGGAGAGAACCAAGCCAGCAGGAACCCACAGGUAGCUAAAAAACAGAAGAAGGAGCAGCAGAGGCUGGAGAAGAAGAAGCGGCAGGAGGAGAGGCACCGGCAGAAGGUCUUGGCCAUGAAGAACAACUGUGCAGAUGACAGGACAGAGACAGACCCCACCAACCACAUCACCUUGGUGAAGACCAUGGCAGCCCUAAACAUAUGACUGAGUGUGUGCUGAGUACUCUGGGGAGAAAAGCAAAUAAAACUGAUGAAGACAAACUCCCCCUGA